AAUUUUAAAAUUCCCCCUCAGUGUCUUCUCGAUUUUCCAUCACAACGGACUCUGUGAAAAAAAAAUCAGUGGCAGUGAAGUUUUUUAAUAAGAAGAAAAAUGAAUUUCUUGACCUUCCUUGGUCUGUGUGCAACAGUGGCGCUUACAGGAGCGCAGGGUGGUUUUGAGGAAAAUGACCUCGAAGCUAUGGAUAAUUCCCCAAUGGUUGGCGGACCCUUAGGAAGAGGAAUUGGUGGCUUGAAGGUGGGACAUGUUGGACGUAUCAUGUACGGGAAUCUUGGAGGCAUUAAGAUUGCUAAACCUUUUGGCUUAAGCCUCCUUGGCUCAGGCAAUCCAAAUGAGCAAUUCGAUGAGUUUGGAAUGAAUCAAUUUAAUGAACAUGGUGAGAUGAUGGCACCUGUGUCCCCAUAUGUGGGUGAUCAACAGUACUACGGUGUAAACCAAUUAGAAAUGGAAGAUGAAAAUAUGCCCGAAGAUGCAAGGAGUUUCCUGAAGAAAAAGAAGAAGAAGCAGCAUCACCACCACCAUUAUCAUCACAAAUACCACCAAAAUCUGCACAUUGUCGUUCCUGAAGGACAUCACGGGCAUCAUGGUUAUGGCGGUUAUGGACAUGGUGGUGGUUACGGACACGGUGGUGGCUAUGGACACGGUGGUGGAUACGGACAUGGCUAUGGACACGGUGGUGGGUACGGACAUGGUUACGGUGGUCAUGGAGGGCACGGUGGCGGCUAUGGCGGUGGACAUGGCGGCUAUGGUGGAUACGGUGGACAUGGUGGCUACGGAAGCUACGGGGGUGGUGCUAUAAAAUACAAAGUUUACUCCCUGAGUGGACAUGGUGGUGGACACGGGGGUGGCAGUGGUCAUGGAGGUCACGGCGGUUACGGCGGUGGACACGGUGGGCACGGUGGCUACAGAGGAGGUCACACAAACUCCUACUACCGCUCAGUUGAUAUGGGAUGCGAAGAGGAAGAUGAUCAUCACGGUGGUGGCCACGGUGGCCAUGGUGGCCAUGGUGGUCAUCAUUUGGUGGGAGCUCCAACAUUCGACAUCAACGAUCUCUACCCCGUUGCCAGAGAGUACAGAUUUUAGGUGACCCCCAAAAUACACCAGAAGUUUCAUCGCCCUGGCUGCCAAUCAUGAGUCAACCCUUCCUGGGUAUCUUACCCACAGAACCAUUGCCUCAUCAUUCAUGGAACAUUCAUGCUGACCAUCAAGCAUACGAAAUUAAACUUUUCUAGAAGCUGAAGAUCAAAAAUUUUUAACUUACUAUCCCCUCUCAAAUUCAAAAUUAAAUAAAAAUUGUUUUUGUAGAAAAAA